UCUUAGAUUACAACAAACGGGCUUAAUUUUUUGGUCUAACAUUUCUCCUUUCAAAAUCCCUGAAUCUCUCUCUUCAGCCCAAAAACUCAUGAUCGAUCAACAAUGGAAGCUCUAAUCUGCGAGAAACUCGGCGAUCCAACACUACCCCCAAGCUCAACACAAGACUCGCCACUAACCCUCUCAACGUCUCACCCAAUCCCCAAACUCAACUCUCCAACUUCAGUCAGAGUUCGAGUCAAAGCCACCAGCUUGAAUUUUGCCAAUUAUCUCCAAAUCCUCGGCAAGUACCAAGAAAAACCCCCCUUACCCUUCAUCCCAGGCUCCGAUUACUCCGGGGUCGUCGAAUCCAUCGGUCCCAAUGUUUCCAAGUUCAGAAUCGGCGACCCUGUCUGCUCUUUGGCAGCCCUCGGCUCUUUCGCACAAUUCAUCGUCGCCGAUGAGACUGAUUUGUAUCGAGUACCUGAUGGAUGUGAUCUAGUUGCUGCUGGUGCACUACCUGUUGCAUACGGAACAUCACAUGUAGCCUUGGUUCAUAGAGCUCAAUUGAGCACUGGUCAGGUGUUGCUGGUUCUAGGGGCAGCUGGAGGUGUUGGGAUUUCAGCUGUACAAAUUGGAAAGAUCUGUGGCGCCGUUGUUAUUGCCGUUGCCAGGGGAGGAGAAAAGGUGCAGUUUUUGAAGUCAAUGGGUGUUGAUCAUGUUGUUGACUCGAACAAAGGAAACGUCACUGAAAGCGUCAAAGGAUUCCUGAAGUCAAGAAAGCUCAAAGGGGUUGAUGUAUUGUAUGACCCAGUUGGAGGCAAACUUGCAAAGGAAACCAUGAAGUUAUUGAACUGGGGAGCACAAAUUCUGGUCAUAGGUUUUGCUAGUGGAGAUAUCCCUGUCAUCCCUGCUAAUAUCGCUCUUGUUAAGAACUGGACAAUUCAUGGACUGUUCUGGGGAAGCUAUAAAAUACAUCGACCAGCUGUACUGGAAGAUUCUCUGAAGGAGCUACUAUCCUGGCUGGCGAGCGGCUUAAUCACCAUCAACAUUUCUCAUAUUCACAGCCUCUCAGAGGCCAACCUUGCAUUUUCUGCUUUGAAGGACAGGAAAGUGAUCGGGAAAGUGAUGAUUGCUUUUGAUGACGGCAAAAUUGCAAGAUCUAAGCUUUAAUCUGGUCAGAAUUUGGAAUCGAGUCAAGGGGUUAAAUAUUUGAAUGUUGGAAUUCUCCAUUCUCAUUCUCAAUAAAUGCUGUGGUAAAUUUUAUGACUCUGCUGGAUCAAAACAAGACGUAGGGGAAGAUCCAAUGAAUAAUGUUUGCCCAGAAAGAAAAAUCACAGGAACCUAAGGCUAGUCCUUAAUCCAAUUACCGUCUUGAUGAUCAGAUAA